CCACUUCAUCUUCUCGCAUGUUCUUGCACUCAAAUUAAAAAUUUUAUUAUCUCCCACCAAUUCCGCUUCCGUCCUUCUUCAUUCCUUUUUUUUUUCUUUCUUAAAUUUCCUCAACAUUUGGUAUUCAUAUUUCAUGUGCGUAUAUUUUUUAAUUAUCAUCUCAAAUCGAUCACAUAUCAUUUCUUCUUGUUCACAAACUUAUCUUCUAUAAAAUAAAAUAAAAAUCUAUAGAUUCCCCACAUAAUUGUAUAUAUUGGGUUAAUUAUUUUAUUUCUGAUCAAAUUUGUGAAUUUAUUUUCUGGGUAUAUUGAAUUAUGUCACCUGCGGCUCCGAUCGAGCCGAAUAAGAAGACAUUACCGGAAUCAUCAUCAUCUGCAUGGGGAGAAUUGUCACCAGAAAGAAGUUAUCGACGUUUUGGUGAUCUAAGAGGGGUGCAAUGGCGUAUAGAUUUGGGAAUUUUACCUUCUUCCUCUUCUUCGAUCGAUGAUUUUCGUCGUGUAACCGCUAAUUGCCGCAGAAGUUAUGCUGCUUUAAGGAGGAGGCUUCUAAUCAGUCCUCCUAUUUCAAGAGACGAAAGACAUUUCCGUGAUCUUGUUAUGGACAAUCCACUGUCACAAAACCCUGAUAGCAUGUGGGGUCAGUUUUUUCACAAAGCCGAGUUAGAGAGAACGGUUGAUCAGGAUUUGUCUCGCUUGUAUCCUGAACAUGGUAGCUACUUCCAGACACCCGAGCGCCAAGGCGUGUUGAGAAGAAUUUUGUUGCUUUGGUGUAUUCGACAUCCAAACUAUGGUUAUAGGCAAGGGAUGCAUGAACUUCUAGCUCCACUUCUAUAUGUUCUACAGGCUGAUCUAGAGCGUCUUUCUGAAGUGAGAAAGCUAUACAAGGAUUACUUCACCGACAAUUUCGACGGGUUAUCGUUAAACGUGACCGAUUUAUCCUAUAAUUCUGAUUUAGAAAAGGAUGAAGACAAUAUGGGAAUCCAAAAGGAUAUGGUAAAGGUUCAUCAUCUAAAUGAACUUGAUCCUAAAAUACAAACAAUUAUAUCGUUUAGUGACGCGUACGGGGCAGAGGGCGAAUUGGGCAUUGUUUUAUCCGAAAAAUUCAUCGAACAUGACGCUUAUUCUAUGUUCGACGUUUUAAUGAAUGGCGAUGAAGGUGCAGUCGCUAUGGCUAAUUUUUUCUCACAAUUUCCUUCACCCGAAAACGGGUUGCCACCUGUCUUAGAAGCGUCAUCUGCAUUAUACCGUUUACUCUCGACCGUUGAUUUUUCGUUAUACACUCAUCUAGUCGAGCUAGGAGUUGAACCGCAGUACUUUGCUCUUCGUUGGCUACGCGUUCUGUUUGGACGCGAGUUUGCGCUUGCGGACCUUUUAGUCAUUUGGGAUGAAAUUUUCGCACUCGAUAACACUAAAUUAAAAAAGGAAAAAGAAGUAAAGUUUAACGUCUUUAACUCGUUAAGGGGGGCGUUUAUUUCGGCACUCGCGGUUUCAAUGAUACUUUAUUUACGCUCUUCGCUUCUCGCAACUGAAAACGCUACUUCUUGCCUUCAAAGAUUGUUAAGCUUUCCGGAAGAUGUAAAUCUUCGGAAAUUGUUAACGAAAGCGAAAUCUUUGAUGAAUCUUGCAACCGAUGCUCUCAACUCGGUUUUGGAACCGAGGGGUCACCGUCACAGUCUUUCAUCUGACCAGGCUGCACACGCGAGUCCUCGCGGUGGGGUUCGUGAGAACUACUGGGAAGAACAGUGGCGCGUUAUGAACAAAGAAGCCGAAGACCGAAAACAAGUUGGGAUAAGUAGACAAGUUCGAAAUCGGAUUAGGGGUUGGUCAGAGAAAGUCAAAGCGCGAUUAGCGAAGGUAACUAGAUCAACCAGCCCAUUUAGGAGAAAUUUGGUGGAUGAUCAAACAGCCCAUUUAGAAGAAAACAAGAAAUUAGUGAGUGGAAAUUGUAGCAGUGAACAAAAUAGUAAUUCUAAUUCUAAUAAUAAUAAUAAUAAUAAUAAUAAUAAUAAUAAUAAUAAUAAUAAUAAUAAUAAUAAUAAUAAUAAUAAUAAUAAUAAUAAUAAUAAUAAUAAUAAUAGUAACAAUAAUAGUAAUAUUAAUGAGACCGGAAGCAGUGUGGAAUCCAGUUCUUCAGUUAUUGGGCCCGAGCCUGGACCAGGCCCGGGCCCAACCGUGAGCCCAAGCACUAGCAUUUCAUCAGGGUUGUAUAGAUCUACCGAAGAUGUUUUUUCACCUGUACCAACGUCGAAUACCACCCAAUAUUCGUCUUUUAACGAGGUAAAGAAUGACAUUAUUACUAAAAGGCCCGUGGCCGAUUUGGGAGAUGAGCAAUCUUCACCUGGAAAGUUUCAGUGGUUGUGGAGGUUCGCAAAAACCGGGCCUGAGGGUUCACUAGACAAAUCCGAGGCUGCAACGUCUUCUGUUAAUGAAUCCGAUCAGAAAAAUGGGCUACCGGAAGCUGUUGAUCGUAAUAAGUUUAAGAUUCUUGCGCAAUCCAUGCUCGAAAACAUCGAGGUGAUUGAAUCUGCAGAGAACUUGUCUGAAAAUGCUUUGGAAGCUUUGAAAGAGCUUAGAAAGAUUAAGAACCUUUUAUCAGAAAGGGUAUUGGAUUAACUUGUCGAUCAAGAUAAUAACAUCGGUGAUUAAUCGAGUUAGGUGAUGCGGGAAUGCGGGCUCGAUUAACACGAGCGUUAUUUGGGCAUGGUAAUCUAAUAAUAGUAAGAAUUUUGGGCUGAAUUAUUUAUUGUUCUGGGCCUAAUUGUAUUGGAAUUAAAAAUCCAUUAUGUUUUAUUUUAUUGGGCCGAUGAUGGUGAUUUAGGAAAAGUCCAUAAAGGUGUAUUGGACUUUCAUUUAUAAAGUCUUUUACGUGACUUUGUUUUAUACCCAAUAAAAGGUUUUUGUAUCAUUAUUUAAAAGAGGAUCCAUCCCAUAUUAGAUCAGAUACAGUGUGAUGCGCACAAACAGAAGACAUACGGUUACAAGGAGUGCUCUUCAUUAUUCAAUAUCACAGAAUCACCAAGUCCAAUUCCAACAAGAGUGAUCUCUGUCUAAUCCGAUAAAUCAUUGCGUGUAACUUGCAAAUAGGUUUAUCUGAUAGUUCUCAUACGAUUCAGAGAUUAAUCCAGGUUUCAUCAUAAUUUUGCAAUUUGUCCUGUUCCAGGUUUGUUAAUUCCUUUGAAACUACUUGUUCUAGACCAAUUGUACAACAUAUAAUGUUUUCAUAAGGGUGAAGGGUAUGAUUCAAACACUUUAGGGUGUUUGAGUCAUUCUCUACCCAAUGAUAUCAUGCCAUGUCAAGUCCCCAUUUCACUCCCCAUUUUGCACUCAAUCACCG